AGUUGUGUGUCAGCAGUGAAGAUCUUAUACAGAACUAGUGAAGAAGGACCAGUCUCCAGAUUUUUCAUGCUAUAACUCCCCAUCCAUCAUGAAGCUGAAUCUUUUUUUUCUCCUGUGUCUCACUGGUCUUCUUUCAAUCUCUGUGUCCAUCCUGCAAACCGUCCCUCACAGCUACGACUUGAUAAUGACACAAAUGACAUGGCCUGAUGCACAGAAAUACUGCAGGGUGAUGUACGAUGACCUGGCAACAAUCCUAAGCAUUACUGAUUGGAUAAGAUUUAAGAAUGAAGCAGCAAGCAAAGGUCUGAGAAAUUUUGCCUGGGUCGGAUUGUAUAGUGAUAUCUAUAACUGGCGCUGGUCCUUAAACGACCUUCCACUGAAGAAUGUCCCUUUUAGCAACUGGUACCCUGGACAGCCUGAUAAUUAUUAUAGAAAUGAACUGUGUACUAUAAUCGCUGGAUAUAAUCAAUGGUAUGAUAUACAGUGUACGACCAUAAGAGCCUUCAUAUGCUACAAUGCUAAUUUCAGUGGUGCUGCCAAGUUCAUCGGCAUUAAUAGUCCAAGACUGACCUGGCCUGAGGCUCAGGCUUAUUGCCGAACACAUCACACAGACUUGGCCAGCUCUCUUAACAGCUCCGACAAUGACAUGUUAGUGAAGAUAAAGAUUGCCCAGGGUGAUUCAUGGAUUGGCCUAUACAGAGACAUGGAGACUUGGAAGUGGACAGAUGGAACCAGUGCUUCAAAUAUCCCAUGGCAGCCUGGACAACCUAAUAAUUAUUAUGGCCGUGAGAAUUGUGCAAUGCUUUAUACCAGUAACGGACUGUUCCAAGAUGACCCAUGCACCACUCAGCGUUAUUUUUUCUGUCACACCAGUCACCCAACAAGGAGGCACAUAGUGAGACUGCAGGUGAAGUCUGAUGGGAGUGUGCUUGAUCCUGCUGAACAGUCAUAUGUUUUAGAGCAGAUCAAGCAAAAACUGAAAGACAGUGUCAUGUUGGAGAACACCACAGUGACCUGGACGGUCCAGCCAGAUGGAACCAUCUUCCACAAGAAAAAAAAGGAUGGCCUGUAACUAAAGCUGUAAAACUAAACCCCUUAAAUUCUGACCUGCAAUGUCUAAAUGCUCACUUCACAUCAAGUCAAUUGCAAACUAAAAGAAAUGUUAUUUAUCCUCCAACAUUUAAGCUCCAAAUCAGGAGGAGGCAUCAGAGGACAAAAUUAGCCACAAGUAGAGGACUAAACAUAGAUUUUGUUGCACUGUUUGCAACACUCUCUCUUUGACUUUGUCA